GGUCUUUCUACUAGAAAUGGUCGGUUCUAAACAAAGAAAGGCUGUCGUCAUAAGUAAACGUUCUCGCUUUUUCCGCCAUGCGUUUGGAGAAGUUACGCAAGUCCGACGUGUUGGAAAGAAACGAGGAGCCUCGGUGAAAGAUGACUGCAGUGCGGCGGUCCGUCAGUGAGGCAUUGUGGGCAAUGUGUGCUGCCGAUGCCAUGUCCAUGCCCGUCCACUGGUACUAUAACAUUCAUGACAUCAGGAGGGACUUUGACGGGUGGAUAUCUGGCUUCAAUUCACCCAGAAUCAAACACCCGAGCAGCAUCCUCAGCCUGUCCAACACCGCCGGUAGCGGCCGCGCCUCCUUGUCAUCUGCUGCCGACCGACCAGAGGUGGUGGGCAACAUCAUCCUUCAUGACAAACUGAGCUUUUGGAAAUCUUCCAGCCGCUCCAUCCACUAUCACCAAGGUCUGAAGGCAGGUAACAACACACUAAAUGUCUUGUGCGCCCUCCGAGCUGCUCGCACGCUGGCCAACGGCGACUUCAAUGACCUCUCGCAUCCUGACGCUCGGGCUGCCGUUCUUGUGGACUACAUUAACUUCCUGACCACACCUGGCACGCACGGCGACACCUACGCAGAGUCCUGUCACCGUUCAUUCUUUUCUGACUGGCAGGACAAAAGACCUACAUCGAGCCACGAGGUUGUAACGUUUGCAGAAGGGCGCGCCAAGAAGAAGCUAAAAUCAGCCCCGGAUAGCCAGUUGGAUGCCAUCGGGUGCCUUACCACGAUCCUUCCCUUCGUUCUGCUGUCAGCCUCGACUGAUGAGGCACAGGCUGUCUGUGCUGCAGUUGAGUUUGUGAAGCUCUCCCACCCGCACCCUCAUGUGCCCGAGUACGUAUCUAUCUACAGCAGGGCACUUCACGCUGUGCUGGGCGGCGCCAGCGUCCGUCAGCAAGCUGAGCUCGCCCUCAAGACACUGGGAGUGUGGGACGCCUGCGAGAAGUUCAGUCAGCGAGCUGCUAGGUUUCCAGAGGCGUCUGAGGAACGCCUGCAGGUCCAUCAGAGCGCCGUCAGUAGCCUUGGGCUAGCGUGCUACACGAAAGGAGCUCUUUCCAGCAUGUUUUACCUCGCACACCAGUUUCAUGAUGACCCGACCGCAGGAAUUUUGGCCAAUGCUAACUGUGGAGGAGAGAACUGUAACCGUGGAGCGGCACUGGGCGCUCUGCUGGGGGCGGGAGGAUCGUACACCAAGUACAACAUUCCACAGGAUUGGAAAGACCAGUUAAGGGAUGCUCAGGACUAUAUUCCAGACAUACUCAGGUGCCUGUAGUACUAACACCAACGAAAACACCGCAUAGGGGACAGCAUCCUUUAAACUUCAGCCAUUCUAGUCCCGAUUCUUUAUUUUGAUUCCCGUUUUAAAUGAAUCUCAACUCAGAUUCUUUUAUGGGUGCUCUGUCGAUAAAGUUUUCGUGAGUUAAAUAAAGGGUGUCCAAUUUAUGAACAUCCAUUUUAAUAGCAACCCACGGCAUGGACUACAAACCCAAUUCCAAUGAAGUUAGGAUGUUCGGCAUUAAACAUAAAUAAAAACAGAAUACAAUGAUUUGUGAAUCAUGUUCAACCAAUAUUUAAUUGAAUACACUACAACAAAGAUAUUUGAUGUUCACACUGAAAAACGUUGUUUUUAGCAAAUGAUCAUUUACUUAGAAUAUUAUGGCUGUUACACGUUACAAAAAAAGCUGGGACAUGGU